AUGACUCAUUUUCCUAGUAACACGUCGCUCACGUGUGGCGCCGAUAUUGGCAACCAAAAUCGGGUUUUGAAUCUAACUAUUAUUCCAUCGGAAAUGAGUGUUUCUGCCUAUGAUCACGAUCAUAGCUACAUGGCUCCGCCACAUCCGUCGACUCAAGGUGGAACUCCGGCUGUUCAACGUCCAGUACAAACACAAAGGGUGGUCCAAGCGACGGUUAGAGGUGGAACCUUUGUCCGGUCAUCAGCAAUGCAAGCUCGACCUGUCGUAGGACAAGUAUGGCGAACAACUCAAUCAUCGUCGCAGAUGCACUCAAAUAACGGUACGGUAGUAGCAUUUGCCCAACAUCCUGGUCAAAGCAACAUGAUCGGAGUGCCACGAAAUCGGCCGCUAGUGGUUCAACAACAACAACAGCAGCAGCAAACAGUUUUGCAACGACCACUCUAUCAACAAAAACCCAUAGUACAGGGUGGUGAAUACGCGUACCAGCAGCAGCAAGCGGUGUACACCGUUUGUGGACAACAACAAGACUUAACCCAACAGUACACCUACGCAUCUGUAGCCUCAUCGGAGGCACAGAUAACUGGCGAGUUUUCUGGUACUUCUGAGUAUGGCUACGACAACUGUUCCUCUUCGCUCAAUCUCGCCGUACCGAUUCGUGAACCUUCACCUGAACCUGUAGCGGAAGAACCAGCCGCUCCUGAUGUUCAAGAGGAUCCUUCAACGAGCGAGGCUGUGGAGGAAAACGAUGACGAGGAUGACGGGGAAAUUGACAUUCAGAUACGAAAUGUAGUUUGUAACUACACUCUACCUUUACAUAUAGAUCUUCGGAAAUUAGCGCUAAACACAAAUAAUGUGACAUUCGAUAGAGGCCGUGGGGUUCUACUCAAGCAGAAACGUAAGCCGAAUUGUUACGUGAAGAUCUAUAGCUCUGGAAAGGUGUACAUUGUAGGUUGCAAGAGUGAAGCAGAUUGUAUGUUAGCUGCUCGUAACAUAGCUCGACGGGUUCAAAAAACGAUGAAUAAAGAAAAAGAUAUUGUUAGGAUACGAAAUUACAAGGUGUGCAAUGUUUUAGCAACGUGUAGGAUGCCAUUUGGGAUCAAGAUUGAAGAACUUGCACAACAGUAUCCUGCUCAGUCUCAAUAUGAGCCGGAGUUGUCUGUUGGCUUGGUUUGGCGAUCGCAAGAUCCAAAGGCUACGUUGCGAAUCCAUACAACUGGUAGCAUUACUGUCACUGGAGCAUCCUCAGAAAGUGAUGUUAUGCGAUCGAUUGAAAUGAUGUAUCCCAUUGUGCGCAAAUUCCGUUGCGCUAUGCGGCAUCGUUCUGAGCCAAAACGAAAGCGACCAUCCAGAAAGCGGCCAGCUCCAUCAUCUUUCUGUGGGGCGUUGUCAGCGAAACGACCAGCAGUAUCUGGCUCAGGGAUUGUUGGCAACAAAAUGUACUUUAGCGAUGAGGAUGACAUCUACGAUGAAGAUGAUUUGUUGGAUGAUGAGGACUGA